GCUGUCGGGGGUUGUAGGCAAUCGGCGUCCCGCGUUUCUUAUUUUGUUAUGGUUGAUGAACUUCGCACAUGAAAAUGCAGACUCGCUUUCUAUAGAAUGCGAAAUCACCCAUUAGCACUUGCGCUAAGAUUUAUUUGCAAAAAACACCCCAUAACUGAAAUUCCAAUCGCCAAUUUCACCACCUCCACCCCACCUCCACUUUCUUCACAAACCCCAUUUCUCCCCAUCAAAGAAUCGUACAACAAAAGGUUCGAACUAGCCGAUCUCUUGCAAUCAUGCAUUUCAAAAAACAAAUCCCAUCUCAGGAAGAUUCAUGCCCUCAUCAUCUCCUCGGGAUUUCAAUCGGAUACCUUCAUAAACAACAUUCUCCUAAAUCAGUACUCGAAAUCCAGCUUCAUAUACGAUGCACGUCAUCUGUUCGAUCAAAUGCCUCAGAAAAAUCUAAUCACAUGGUCGUCGAUCAUUUCUGGAUACACCCAACAUGGUCAUGGAGAAGAGGCUUUGACGCUUUUCUCGCGCUUCCGAAGAUCUUCCUUUGAGAAUCCGAAUGAAUUCAUCUUCGCCAGUGUUUUGCGUGCUUGCAGGCAAUUAAGGGCGGCCGGUUGUGCUACCCAAGUGCACAGUCUUGUUACCAAGUCGGGUUUUGAAUCGGACGUCUAUGUGGGGACUGCUUUGGUCGAUUUUUAUUCUAAAAAUGGAGAUAUAGACGAAGCAAGGCUUGUGUUCGAUGAAAUACCGGUGAGGAAUGCGGUCACUUGGACUGCGAUCAUUACAGGUUAUUCACAAGCUGGAAGGAGCGAAGUUUCAUUGCAGCUGUUUAACCAAUUGAGGGAGACCAAUGUUCGUCCUGAUCGAUAUGUUCUUUCAAGCAUUAUAAGUGCUUGCUCAAUUCUAGAGUUUCUGGAAGGAGGCAAGCAAAUACAUGGCUACAUAUUGAGAAACGGAACUGAAACAGAUGUCUCAGUGAACAACGUGCUGAUUGAUUUCUAUUCCAAGUGUCGUAGAGUGAAAAUUGCCCACCAAAUAUUUGAUCACAUGGUUGAUAAGAACGUAGUCUCUUGGACUACAAUGAUUGCCGGUUACAUGCAAAAUGCAUGUGACCAGGAGGCGAUGGAGUUGUUUUCGGAAAUGAGUCGACUAGGGUGGCGGCCUGAUGGCUUUACUUGCACAAGUAUCCUCACCUCAUGUGGUUCUACCACAGCUCUGGAACAAGGGAAACAGGUGCAUUCUUACACUAUCAAAACUAACCUGGCAUCUGACGAGUUUGUGAAGAAUGGUCUGAUCGAUAUGUAUGCCAAAUGCAAUUCUUUGGCUGAUGCAAGGAAUGCUUUCGAUGAUGUGGUUGAGCACAAUGUGGUUUCAUACAAUGCCAUGAUUGAAGGGUAUGCAAGAGAUGGCGCUUUCUUGGAAGCACUGAGUCUAUUUAGUAGGAUGAGGUUUAGAUCGUUGAGUCCAAGCCUACUGACUUUUGUUAGCCUUCUCGGGGCAUCUGCAGUGUUAUCGACCGUGGAUUUGAGCAAGCAAAUCCAUGGCCUGAUGUUGAAAUUCGGAGUUUCUUUGGACAUUUAUGCUGGUAGCGCUCUAGUCGAUGUUUACUCAAAGUGUUCAUGUGUCAAUGAUGCGAGGGCAGUGUUUGAAGCAAUGGACGGAAGGGAUAUCGUAGUUUGGAAUGCCAUGGUUUUUGGGUAUGCCCUAAAUGGCCAAGGUGAGGAUGCCCUCAAACUCUACCUACAAUUGCAGCUUGCAAGAAUGAAACCCAAUGAAUUUACCUUUGUUGCUCUCGUCUCAUCAGCUAGUAAUCUUGCUAGUCUAUUACAUGGCCUACAGUUCCAUGACCAUAUCAUAAAGGCAGGCCUCGACUCGGAUCCUUAUGUUUCCAAUGCACUUAUAGACAUGUAUGCAAAAUGCGGGAGCCUCAACGAGGCUCGGAAACUGUUUGACACGAUGCAUGGGAGAGACGUCGUGUGUUGGAAUUCCAUGAUCUCGAGAUAUGCGCAACAUGGGCACGCCCAAGAAGCUCUCAUAAUGUUUGAGCAGAUGCAAGAGGAGGAGAUCAAACCCAACUAUGUCACAUUCGUCGGCGUGCUGUCUGCAUGCAGCCAUGUGGGACUCCUCGAGAAAGGACUCCGUUACUUUGAUUCGAUGAAGUAUGAUCAUGACAUUGAACCGGGCAUGGAACAUUAUGCUUGUAUGGUUGCUCUCUUGGGACGAUUUGGGAAAUUGCGCGAGGCAAAGGAGUUUAUAGAACGGAUGCCAAUCGAACCUGCUGCAGUUGUGUGGAGGAGCUUGCUCAGUGCAUGUCAGAUGGCAGGCGAUGUUAAUAUAGGGAAAUAUGCGGCAGAGGCAGCAAUCUCAAUUGACCCAACAGAUAGUGGGUCCUAUGUUCUUUUGUCAAAUAUUUUUGCAUCCAAGGGUAUGUGGGCUGAUGUGGAGAAGGUGAGGAAAGGAAUGAAUUGCAAUGGGGUGAUGAAGGAACCAGGACACAGCUGGAUUGAAGUGAAGAAUGAGGUUCAUGUCUUUGCUGUGAGAGACAGAAUGCAUAGCCAAGCUGAUUUUAUAUAUGAAGCAUUGGACAGAUUGACAGAACAAAUCAGAGGCAUUGGAUAUGCACCAGACAUGACCAGUCCUUUGAUGGACGAUUGAGAUGAAGUGGUUACAUGAUACCCAAGGAAGCAGAAACCAGAAGUCAAUUUUGGGAUUGUUCGACUUCCAAAAGGGAAAGUGAUUUGUGUAAAUCCGAAACGAAGAGAUCGAUUUAGUCAUGAAGCAUCCCAAACUAGAGAAGGGGUAGAUGCCCGAAAUGCAAACUACCGAUCUAGGCCAAUGUGGUUAAGAUUGAGAUGGCCAAAGGGAAGCUAGCAAAAUGCAUGGGAUGAAAUAGAAAAUUUGAUCGCUGAAUUUAAAAGCCACUCAUCCAAAGAAAAAACUUGAAAAGUUAAAAACUCCAUGUUGAUCUUUGGGUGCAGCCUGCCACAGGUCGACCAUGGUGGAAAAGCGUCAUUGAUGAUGAUUUCAACCACCUGAUAGGUGGCCUAUGGUUGGAAGGUGGAGAAGAAUACUAACUACUGUCUGCAUGGUGAUAACCAAUUCAGCAGUAGGAUCAUUCAAUUCGUCCAAGUUGUGGGCUGUGAUCCAUCCAUGAUUGGACCCACCAGAUAAAGGGGUGGGACCAUGUUCCUUUUGAGUGCAGCCAAUGAGAUGAGACAUGGAGCCCUCAGACAAGGAUUCCCCAGCAGUACGGUCUAUGAAAAUAGAUUUCUCCCAUUUUUUGCAAGCAGUGAUUGAGACAGUUGGUCGCCCUCUUUAGCUUCUUUACGGUGCAUGUGAGAUGUGGUAAUCAAGACAUCACCAUAGCCAAAUCUAGCCCGUUUAUUAAUCAGGCUGGCUUGGGCUGUGUCCAAAAGCCUAUUGUUCUAGAACGAGCCUGCGUAUUUAGCAUUUACAAGGAUAUUUUUGUUAAUGUGCGUGAGCAUAUUGGGAAAUAAUCCAAGUUAUAAUAGAUGGGUCCUUGUUAAUUUAACCAA